ACAAGGGUCUAUCCGAUAUUCGUGAAAAUAAUAAGACUACCUUGUACACACAAUCUUAUCUCCACUCCUAACAUGUAAUUACCAAUGCCUUAAACCCUUCAAAAACCCAAAAAGACCCAAACCCAAUUCUUAAUUUUAUCAAAAAAGGGUGAAUUAAAGCUAAUGAUUUUACAUCAGUCAAUUUCCAUUUGUAAAUUAUGGAGAUUGUCAGCUCCACCAAAAAUCUUCUUGUUCAAACCACAGUGCUCUCGGAUUAGAGCAUUUGGGUCUGCUGUUUCAGCUGCUAAAGUUGCUGUAACGAAUGUAAAUGAGACAUUUUUUGCUGAAGAAAAUGUUUCUUGGAACUCUUUGGGUGUGUCUGAAUCAUUGUCUCGUGCUUUAUCUAGUAUUGGCCUUCAUAGACCCUCUUUAAUUCAGGCAACUUGUAUACCAAGUAUACUUUCAGGUGCUGAUGUGGUGGUUGCUGCAGAGACUGGUAGUGGCAAGACUCAUGGUUAUCUAGUGCCAUUGAUUGAUAAGCUAUGCCAAAUAUCUGAUAGUUCGGGGGCUAUUGCUGGUCAGGAUGUCAGCAAGCACCAUCGUCUUUCUCUUGUUCUUUGCCCUAAUGUUAUGUUAUGCGAGCAAGUGGUUCGGAUGGCUAAUAGUCUUUGCGAUGAUAGUGGUACACCACUUGUCAGGAUUGCAGCUGUUUGUGGCCGACAGGUAUGGCCUGUAAAAGAACCAGAUAUAAUGGUGUCGACUCCAGCCGCACUUCUAAAUUAUCUCUACUCUAUAGACCCAGAAAGGCGAAGACGCUCAGAGUUUAUACGUAGUGUUAAAUAUGUGGUUUUUGACGAGGCUGAUAUGCUGCUUUGUGGAAGUUUUCAGAACCAAGUGGUCCGACUUAUAAAUAUGCUACGUUUUGAUGAGAAGCUGUUAUCUCGUUCUAAAAAUUCAGAAGCUCAGGUGUCAUCAACUUCAGACUUGGAAGAAUUUAUAGACCUAAAAGCAGAUUAUGGUGAAGAUGAAGAUACUGAAGUUGGUGAAGAUAAAGAAAAUCUAGAAGCAGAUACCAAGGGGCUAAAGAGAAGAGAUUGGCGAAGAGUGAGAAAAAUAUAUGAGCGGAGCAAGCAGUAUGUUUUCGUUGCAGCUACCCUUCCUGAAAAUGGGAAGAGAACUGCUGGAGGAGUUUUGAAACGGAUGUUUCCUGAUGCUUCCUGGGUUAAUGGAAAUUAUCUUCAUCAUCACAGCCCAAGGUUGGAGCAGAAUUGGAUUGAAGUUUCACUUGACACCCAAGUGGACACUCUUAUGAACGCUGUGAAAAAUGGGAAUUCUAUGGCAGAUAGUGGUCCUGGAGUUCUCCGAACCAUGGUCUUUGCAAAUACUGUAGAGUCCGUGGAAGCUAUUGCUAAAAUCUUGACAGGAGCUGAGCUUGAAUGUUUCUGCUACCAUAGUGAUAGCUCUCUGGAGGAGCGCACAAAGAAUUUACUUGAUUUCCAACAGGAAGGUGGUGUUCUUGUGUGCACAGAUGCUGCAGCACGUGGUAUUGACAUUCCAAAUGUUUCACAUGUUAUUCAGGCAGAGUUUGCCACGUCCGCUGUAGAUUUUUUGCACAGGGUUGGGCGUACAGCUAGAGCAGGACAACCUGGUCUUGUUACAAGUCUCUAUAAAGAAUCAAAUCGUGAUCUUGUUGCUGCCAUUCGUCAUGCAGAAAAAAUUGAAGAACCAGUGGAGAAGGCAUUUAGCAGAAAAAGGAGUUUUCGCAAUAAAAUCAAGAAAAGAGGCAGAGAAGCUUCCCACAUGAGGUGAAAAUGUUUUGAUUUUGACUUGAAUUUUUUUUAUUUUUUUUUACAUUUGUUUCUCCACACUGUUUGUAUUUUAGUGUGUUAUUGUAAUAUUCCUUAACAUCAAAAGAAAUUAGUUGGUUGAAAGUAUUUGAUUUGAAAGUUACCACA